AUGCCCAAGGGAAGACACUUCAACCCACCUUUAGACGAUGAUGGAAGAUGGUUCCCUCACAUUGGACUAACACAAAAGACACCCGAAUCCGUCACGAGUGCCAUGCUGAAAGAGUCCCACGUUCCCCAUCUGAUCUGCCAAGUGGAAGAGAAGCUACCGCCAAUAUACAAGGUCCGGGAGAAGCAAGCAGUAAAUAACAACUUCCCCUUCUCCGUACAUGACAAUCGGCACACCUUUCAGAACAUUGGGUGCUACUUUGACUCCGGCCUGGGACGUAAGAAGAUCCCCCCGGAACAGAGGCAACAGGUUUCGAGAAAUUUCAAUCUUUGGGCAUGUGACUAUGUUCCAUCUUGUCUUGAUGGCUUUUCAAAUAACCAAAUAUCAUAUGUCUAUAAGGAAGCCAUGGCGGUCCCAUUUUUCAGACGCUUUCCAAGACAUCAUACUGAGAUAUGGAGCACUUUCAAUUUUAUUCCCGAGGGAAGCUAUACAGAGUUUUUAAAAAAGAAGCCAAAAGUAAGGUUUGCUAUUGACAAAAAGGCAAGUUCUCCACUGGAGCCCUAA